AUGCAUAUUAUUUUGACUGGCGCCACAGGGCUGGUCGGGUCGGCUGUCCUUGAUGCCCUAAUCAAGAACAAGGCAGUGACCCAGAUAAGCAUCAUUAGUCGGCGGCCUGUGAAGAUGGCCGAUGACGCACGCGACAGCCGAAUUAGAGUGAUAAUCCACAAAGACUUCGAAAAGUACGACGAAGAACUUCUAUCCCAGCUCAAAAACGCAAAAGGUUGUGUCUGGGCGUUGGGUAUUAGUCAAAACCUGGUAGGAAAGGAGGAAUACGUCAAAAUCACAAAAGACUACGCGCUAGCGGCAGCGCGUGCUUUCCAGAACCUGCCCCCAGAGAAUGAGCCAUUCAAUUUUGUUUACGUCUCUGGAGGCGGUACCACCCUCAAGCCAGGACGGUUCACGCCUCUCUUCGCGCGUGUCAAGGGUGAGACUGAGCUCGCUUUAUCGGAGAUGCGAACAGCAAAUCCGUUGUUUCACGCGAUGUCAAUGCGUCCUUAUUUCAUCGACUACAUCGCGCACGAUGCCAUCAAACCGUAUAUCCCCAACCAAGGUCUUAUUCGGUCGACAGCCAUGGCAGCCAUUGGUCCUAUCAUUCGGGCUGGAGUCAAGAGUCAGUGGAGUCCUACGAUUCCCCUGGGUCAGUUUCUUGUAGAACUGGCGGCUGGCGGGUACCGAAAUCAAUUACAAGGCGAUGGAAUUGAGAAGCUCGCUGAAUUCGCCAUCAUUGACAACCUUGCAUUUCGGAGACUGGUGGGCCUAGACAAGCAUGCAUGA